AAUAGUUAAUACGUGAGUGGAAUUGAAGGGACAGAGAAGAGAAGGAGAAGAACAGGAACUCAAGUUUUCCCUCCAAAAACCAAAAAUAGGCUCCUAAGGGACACCUUAGAAGUUGAAUCGAUCGUUAUCAUCAACGAAUUUAAUGUCAAUGAAACAGAAACACGCCUUCUUUAAAUCCCCAAAUCUUAAUUUCUGUCCCUUCGCUCACUCUCACUCCGUCCAUCGCCGUUUACGCGUCGCGGAUAUUCUUCUCGCCGACGAAGAUCACGACGGCGACGCCGUUGAUUUCAUGGACGGCGUCCGAGAAACACCGUCCACCAAAUGCUUUUCGCCUCGGAGGCUCGUUGCUUCGUUGCUCGCGCCGCUGCGGCCGACCAAGGGGCUCCGACUCCAGCAACGGCGCCAGAACGAGACCGGUGAUUUGGAGGCGCCGUCGUCGUCGUCGCUGACGAACGAACUUAAAGGAAGCGACGAUUCGACAGGACAGUUACAUCAGAGUGAUACAUCUUUUAAGCUAGGGGUUGGUUGUGGUUUGCUAUAUCUGAUUGCAGCAAGUAAAAAUGAGCUUGGCAAGAUGGUUGAGCUGCGGAAAGAAAUGGAAAUGCUCCUUCAAAAUGCGAAAGGAGAACUGCAAAGUAAAGAUGCACUUCUUAAGCCAUUGAAACAAAGUGAUGCUCUUGCCCUUUCCAUAACUGAUAUUCAAGAAGUUUCCAGCUCUAGUAGUCAUCUUUCUAUUCAUUCAAAUACACAAUAUGUUCAACCAGAGUCAAAAGGCGAUAUGGUUCCUAAUUGUUUUCUGGAAUAUAACAUAAGCGAACAAGAUGAAUGUGCAGAAGAGAUAAAUGAGCUCCAGGCAGAAUUUGAAAUUGAGUUACAACGGUUGCAGAUGUAUUUGGAUGGAGAAGCUGGAUUUGAUGAUGCACAACAUGAGGGAGUAAAGGUAGCUCUUGAUGAUUCUAGUUCAAAAAGCCAUAGUUCAAGUUUUGGUGAAAUAAUAAUGGAACCUCAAAGAGCAAAUUAUGAUGUAUCAUUUGGAGUUCCUCCAAUUGAAUUGGAGAGAAAGUUGCAUGAACUGCUUGAAGCAAGACUGGAAGAACGGAUAACAGAGCUGGAGUCUGCAUUAGAAUGUACCACGCAAAAGCUUAUUAAGAAAGAGAUAGAGGUUACUUGGUGGAAAGACACUGCACAACUUAUCUCACAACAUCUUCCAGAAACUUCUCGGUUCACUUUCCCACUUGAUCCUGAGAUCUCUUUGAAGUUGAGUCAACUUGUAGGAUAGUUUUUAUGAAAGAGUGAUGUUGAUUAAGCCAUCAAAAUAUUGUUAUCAGGAGUACAGUUUCAUGACCUGUUGCUUCAUUUUCUUUUUUCUUCAAAAUUUUGGUUUAGUCCUCUGGAGUAAAUAGUGGUUUGGAGGAUGAUUUUCAAUGAGAGAACAGAAAUUGAAGGGGGUCAAAAUUGUUUUCCAUUGUAGAGCACUACAUAAGAUGUGUGAACGUUGGAGCCUUUUGAGAUUUCUUCUUAUGUUAAGAUUGAAGUUGGGUGACUGUAAGCUACUGCAGUGAAAUUUGUUGGAUGUAACAAAACUCAAGCUUUUGACUCCCCACAGCUAUUGGUAGACAAUCGCAUCUAUAGUAGUUUGUAAGAUCCUUAUCUUGUUCAAAGACAGUAUAAUUUUCUUUCUCUACCGAGACUUGAUUUCAUUAUGUGCACCAUAAGCAAAUAUUUUGGAACUCAGUUGUGAAAUUUGUCAUUCAAUUAUAAAAGUUUGUUUUAUAUUAAAA